CACAGAUCGGGGCAACGCAUCCGUGGCACGAGCAGCGGCGAAGCGAGGAGGACGUUCCAUCGCUGUCCAUCGCCCAGCAGCCAGCCCAAAGGACAAGGGGCACUCGACGGAGCCAAGGAAACCAGAAGAUGGCAGCAGCUGUCGCGACAAUGCCCGCAGACACGCCGCCGCCGCCGCCCGCAUACCAAGGGCCCUCCUCCUCCUCUUCAAGCCGCAGAGACGAGCGACCGAACCCAUUCACAUCGAUUCUUCACUUUGUGCCGCAAGAGGACGCUCACGAUGACAGCGAGGUACGAGGAGAAGCCACACCACUCGAGCCCCCGCCGACACCACCGUUGCCGGCCGAAGAGGGCGCCGAGGAGCUGCUGAAGCGCAUCGCCUCGCACCUCGCCUCGCACGACUCGCUGCACGCAUACCUCUCUGACAGAUCCGACCUUCCCGAGCGGCUACAAUCCAUGAAGGAGCAGGUCCUGGCGGACUCGGGUCGGAUCGCGAGCAGACGCACAGAGACGUUGCAUGCGCACAAGCGCCUCAUGGCUGUCCAGCACCGCUGGGAGGAUGCCGGCGCCAAGAAGCGGGCCUUUUGGAGCCCCAAGAGGAAAAGAGAAGUACGGCGAGAGAUUGACGAGGCAAAGAGCGAGUACGAGAGAAAGCACGACGAGGUCAAGGCGGGCGAGCAGAGGCUGGAGCGGGACCGCGAAGAUCUGGAGAGGCUUGAGGAUGAGGUGACGCAGUACAGAAGGGUCGAGGCAAAAUUAGAUCGGAUCGACGAUGAGAUCUUUGCGGGUCCGACUGUGAACCAUCAUGAGGACGAAGAUGCCAUCGAAGUCCGCUUCCAUGUCCACAGCCAGACAUCGUCUCUGCUGCUCAACACGGCCAAGACGGAGAUGCGGGCACGCAAGCACCUCGACAAGGCCCUGAAGCUGACGGCGUCCCUGAUCAAAGAGGUUCAGGCCGGUCUCAACAUAGGCAUCGACGUGGGUGUCGCCACGAACCAGAAGCACAAGAGUGGCAUGUGGAAGGGAUCGAGCCAGCAUGCCUCCUCGCGAAUGAGCCGGGGCCACAUCCUGCGCGCCAAGACGAUCUCGGGCGACCUGCACACAGCCUAUGUCCUUGCGAGAGUCGUGCAGCGGCGUGUGGCCAGGCUGCCAAAAUUGACCGUCAUCGAGCUGGACAAGCUGCCGGACAUGAAGGACAAGAAUCGGGUCUCGGAAUUGGGACUGCAUCGCUCGUUGGAGCAGACGUAUGCGCAGGCAAGGGUCGUCAAGAUGCACAUUGAGCAGGAACUACGGACGUCGCAGACGAGGGAAAGGCAUUGCAAGGAGAGGAGCCGUGACGAGAUCGAGGAGCGGCGAGCCACCUGGCUCGAUCUCCGGCAGACGAGGAGAGCCAUCGUCUCGCAGCUCGCCGGCACGUGCGCAGGCCUCUCGAUCAGCUCGCCGCCCCGGCCACCCGACUACCAGCGUCGAGACAAGGGCAAGGAGGCUUCAGAGGAGGCCGACUUUGUGCCAGAGGUGCCGAAGGCGUUUAUGCGAAGGGUGGAUCGCGAGGCGAGGGAGGCUUCACGAGACAUCUUUGGCAAGAUCUGCCUCGAGGUGGGAGGCGUCCUCGACGACGAUGGUCUCACCGAGGAAGAGCUGGCCGAGGCGGCGGCAGAGAAGCGCAAAUACGACGACAUCCCCGGCUGGGAUCUCUCGUACACCUGAGCAUCAAUUUCCCUUCUUGAGACAACAUGUCUGCGAUUGUCAAUUGUAUUCUGUACUGUACAUACAUGCUUGCUUUGCCCAAUUGCCAAGGAGGAUACAAGUACAGGACAUGCGUGUAUUUUCAAGCGGUGGUUUCAUCUCCCCACCUCUGUUGCUCAUCCAGCAGAGCGCUUCUCUCCUCCUCCUUUCGCACCUCGUUCGACAUGCCUCGAGCCACGCGCUCUACGCCGAGCCGGUACUUUGCGCUUGCAUGGUACACCUCGAUGCUCCUCCCGUGAAUCCUCUCUACGUUCUCCUUGAGCUUCCUCAGUUUCUC